UCAGCCUAGGGCAUUACCGAGCCGGGAAAAGAAGAAAAUCUCCACGCCUUGGCUCCGCUGCCUCUCGUCUCGUGUGUGAGCAACUGCGAAGCCGGCGAGCAGCUGUAUAACCCUUGCGCGCGCAGCGCGGCGGCGGCAAUGGCGCCCACGGCCUGCCUCCGGCUCCCCUUCCUCCCGGCCCGGGCCCGAGGCCACUCCGCCACCUCCCCGUCCUCCCGCCGCCCCGCCCUCACCCUGAAAUGCAGCGCCGCCGCCAACGGUGACAGCUCCAAACCCAACUCCAUCUCCAUCUCUCCCACCUCGCCACCGCGGGGGACGGUGGCGGACGGCGUCGAGUCUGUGGACGUUAACGGGCUGCGCCGCCCGCCCGUGCCUGUCUCCGGCCUCACCGUCCCCGGCGCCCGCGAUCCCCACUGGCUGCGUCGGCCGCUCACAAGUGCGGACGUCAUGGAAGUGAAUGGAAAGGGGCUCAAGGUUGCUUACCAGGGCUGCCCUGGGGCGUACAGUGAGGCGGCAGCAAGGAAGGCAUACCCGAAUUGUGAGACUGUGCCCUGCGAGCACUUCGAUACUGCAUUUCAGGCUGUUCAAAACUGGGUGGCUGAUAGGGCUGUACUGCCACUUGAGAAUUCAUUGGGAGGUAGUAUACAUCGGAACUAUGACCUUUUGCUUCGGCAUAGUUUGCACAUUGUUGGAGAAGUUCGCCUUGCAGUUCGUCAUUGCUUGUUAGCCAAUCCUGGUGUGGAGAUUGAAAACCUUAAAAGUGCUAUGAGUCAUCCCCAGGCUCUUGCACAAUGUGAGCACACAUUGACAGGGUUAGGAAUUGAGCACAGAGAAGCUGUUGAUGACACAGCUGGUGCAGCAAAGUUUGUUGCAGAACAAAUGCUCCAGGACACUGGUGCUAUUGCUAGUUCAUUGGCUGCUAAAUUGUAUGGACUGGACGUUCUUGCUGAGAAUAUUCAGGACGACAAAGAUAAUGUCACCCGUUUUAUGAUGCUAGCUCGAGAACCCAUCAUACCUCGCACCGAUAAACCCUUCAAGACUAGCAUAGUCUUUUCACUAGAAGAAGGACCUGGGCAGCUCUUCAAAGCACUUGCUGUAUUCGCACUGAGGGAAAUCAACCUCACAAAGAUUGAAAGUCGUCCACACAAGGAAAGGCCUCUUCGUGUAUCUGAUGAUUGUCUCAUAAACAGGAACUUCGACUAUCUCUUUUAUGUUGAUCUUGAGGCUUCAAUGGCUGAUCCAAAAACUCAGAAUGCUCUUGGAAAUUUGAAGGAGUUUGCAACCUUUUUAAGAGUCCUGGGAAGCUAUCCUACAGAUGUGAACGAACCUUAGAUAGCAAGUACUUCGGCACAUCACAUGCUGGAAUUGUAGAAACUAGGGGAAAUGGGCAGCCAGCUGAAAAGACAGGAGCAGUUAUCAGGGUGAUGCUAAUUUUGAUGGAGCAAAUAAGCAUAUCUACAUUAGAACUGUAGGAAAGGUGCAUAUGAGGCAUGCGUUUGGUUAUGAUACUGGGAAGAAAAUCGCAUCUUUUGCUGGUGAUCUUCUAUGCGAGGAGGAUACCUUAAAGAGCUGUCAUCCUUCUAUCUGCAGUUAUGAAGGAGCCUGCUAGAACGCAUAUAGAGAUCAAAGGGUUGGAUAUUUGGUUGGUGAAAAAACAGUUAUAGUAGAAUUGUUUUGUCUGUUACUAGAGUUUGGUUCCUUAGACGGCCCUGCUGCAUUAAAAGUUUCUUUGUGUAAUUGUGUUAUUUGAAUGGUCGUCAUAGUAGCAAACAAUCUGUCUCCUUCAUGUGCAAUAUAGUAUCGUGGCAUAAUUCCUAAGAGCUCGUGUUUCCAUGUUCA